UACUUCAAGCUUAUCAUCAUCGUCCUCAUCCCAUCUUCGAUACUUGGCAGCAAAAAUAAGAAUAUUGUAUCAUUUCCAAAAAUGGAAAAAGCACAGCUUGUGUUCGUCCCCGCCCCUGCUAUGGGCCACCUUGUAUCGGCUGUGGAAACAGCGAAGCUUCUUCUUAGCCGCUGUCACAGUCUCUCCAUCACUGUACUUAUCUUCAAUAAUUCUGUAGUUACCUCCAAAGUUCAUAACUAUGUUGAUUCUCAGAUUGCUUCCUCCUCCAAUCGUCUCCGAUUCAUUUAUCUGCCCAGAGAUGAGACUGGAAUUUCUAGUUUCUCUUCUUUGAUUGAGAAACAGAAACCCCAUGUUAAAGAAUCUGUGAUGAAGAUCACUGAGUCUGGUUCAAGUGUUGAGUCGCCUCGGUUGGUGGGUUUCAUUGUUGAUAUGUUCUGCACAGCGAUGAUAGAUGUGGCGAAUGAAUUUGGUGUUCCAUCUUACAUUUUCUACACGUCGGGUGCAGCUUUUCUCAAUUUCAUGCUUCAUGUGCAAAAGAUUCAUGACGAAGAAAAUUUUAACCCCACUGAGUUCAACGCGUCAGAUGGUGAGUUACAAGUUCCGGGUUUAGUAAACUCAUUUCCUUCUAAGGCUAUGCCUACUGCAAUUUUGAGCAAACAAUGGUUUCCCCCUCUACUUGAAAAUACAAGAAGAUACGGAGAAGCUAAGGGUGUUAUAAUAAAUACGUUCUUCGAGCUGGAAUCCCAUGCGAUUGAGUCUUUCAAAGACCCUCCAAUCUACCCCGUAGGACCCAUCUUAGACGUGAGGUCAAAUGGAAGAAACACUAAUCAAGAAAUCAUGCAAUGGCUUGAUGAUCAACCUCCAUCAUCCGUAGUGUUCUUAUGCUUUGGAAGCAAUGGAAGUUUCAGUAAAGAUCAAGUGAAAGAGAUUGCUUGUGCUCUAGAGAAUAGUGGGCAUCGAUUCUUAUGGUCUCUACGCCGACCACCGGCGCCGGGUUUUCUAGAAUCUCCGAGUGACUAUGAGGAUCUACAAGAAGUCUUACCUGAAGGAUUCUUGGAAAGAACAUCUGGGAUUGGAAAGGUGAUAGGUUGGGCUCCUCAAGUGGCUGUCUUGGCUCAUCCGGCCACCGGAGGAUUUGUUUCUCACAGUGGAUGGAAUUCUAUAUUAGAGAGCAUAUGGUUUGGAGUCCCAGUUGCCACAUGGCCAAUGUAUGCAGAACAGCAAUUCAAUGCCUUUCAAAUGGUGAUUGAGUUGGGAUUAGCAGUUGAAAUUAAAAUGGAUUAUAGAAAUGACAGUGGAGAAAUUGUGAAAUGUGAUCAAAUAGAGAGAGGAAUAAGGUGUUUGAUGAAGCAUGAUAGUGAUAGAAGGAAGAAGGUGAAGGAGAUGAGUGAAAAAAGCAGAGGAGCUUUAAUGGAGGGUGGAUCUUCAUACUGUUGGUUAGAUAAUCUAAUCAAAGAUAUGAUUAAAUAGACAGAAAAUAAUCAUAGUUUACAUUUGAUGAAUGAAUAAAAUAAAUUCUGAAAAACUGUUUUUUUUUAUAUAUAUAUAUAUAUAAAGAUAAUUAAUAUUUAUUUUGA